CAUCUUUUUUGCAAUGUGAUUGUAGAAGGCUCGUAAAUUAACACUUUUAUUGGAAAUUUUUAAUCAAUUGAAAGUAUUAUUUUCGUAUGUCUAAUUUAGGACGACCAGCUACUUUGUCAUUAAAUAUUGUCAUAACUAAGGAAACAAAAUUCUAUUAAUAAUUGGAAAGUGCAUAUUGAGCACCCAAGAUGUCGGUAAUAUUCUUCUAUGAUUUUGACAAGAAAAUAUUUCACUAAUGGGAAAGGUGAUGGGUGGAGGAGCUUACAGUCGUUGAAUGUGUAAAUAAUUAUAAAUAGUUAGACGAACAAAAACAUGAGUCAACGUGCAGAUGAUCACGUAGGAAACGUGAAAGAAAAUUCUAAAUGUACAAGCGUGAAAAACAAAUCAAUCAAUUCCAAAGAUCCUUCAGAAACACCUGACGGAAACAGUAUAGACAAUAGCGAAGAGAAGUUGAACGAAAUGAUAUCACAGUCACUUCAUAUAAAGCAUCACAAUAACCUAACAAAUGGCACUAGUGAACAUUCGAAAAUUAAUAAUGAACCUAUUAAUGAUUCGUCAGAACAACAAUCUCCAUGUGAAGAUACUUUUGUAAAUAGUGUACAUUGUAGUGACUUAACUCAACACACAGAGAAUACUAAGAAUGGUUCAUCUGAAUCAAAUGAGAAAAGGACUCUUGAUAGUGUCGAGAAAGAUGAAAAUCAUUUUCAAGAUAUGGAAAAUGAUGGAAAGAUAUUCAUUGUAUCAUAUGAAUCUGAGUUACAAAUGCCUGAAAUCAUGAGACUAAUACAGAAGGAUUUAUCUGAACCUUAUUCAAUCUACACAUAUAGAUAUUUUAUACAUAAUUGGCCUAAGCUUUGCUUUUUGGCAAUUCAUGAUAAAAAUUGCAUUGGUGCCAUUGUAUGUAAGUUAGACAUGCAUCGCAAUGUUGUUAAAAGAGGCUACAUUGCUAUGUUGGCAGUUGAUAAGAAAUAUAGAAAAAGAGGGAUUGGAUCAAAGUUGGUUCAAAAAGCAAUACAGGUCAUGAUUGAUGACAAUGCUGAUGAAGUUGUAUUAGAAACAGAAAUAACAAAUAAACCUGCACUGAAACUGUAUGAAAAUUUGGGCUUUGUUAGAGACAAACGCUUAUUUAGAUAUUAUCUUAAUGGAGUAGAUGCAUUGAGAUUGAAACUAUGGCUCAGGUGAAAAUUGCAGUUGUCCUUUGGGAUAUCUUAAAUGUUGUGUUGUAUUAACACCAACAGUUUCAGGUGUAUAUUAUAUUAUGCAUAAUAUAAA